CCCCUUCCAUUCCCUUCCCUUCUCUCUCUGAGUCUGACCUUCUUCUUCCUUUUCUUUCUCUGCACUCCAUCCUCCGCCACUCCUGUGUUCUUGUUUUAUAUCUUUUCUUAAAUCUUCGUCUCUUUUUCAGUUCCAACCUUCUUCAACUUCCCCCACCCCUCCCUUCUCUCUCCUUCCUCUCUCGCUUUCCUUUCUUCCUCAUUUUCUUCGCAUAAAAUUUUCCCACUCCUCUUAAAAUAAACAAAAGCGGCUCAGAUCGGUUUUAUAUCCUUCUUUUUUAAAAACACUGCUCCUUCUUAAUCCUAGAUAGAAUUUAAUAUAUCCGUAAUAAAAUUAAUUAUUCCCCCUUGUUUUCAUUUUCUUGUAAUAAUUUUUCUGUCUCCCUCUUUGAUGUGUAUAUGGCUGGUCUGGAUUUAGGCACUGCUCGCUUUGUUCAAAAUCUUCACAGACCCGACUUGCACCUUCAGCAGCAGUCCCACCAACCCGAUUCCGAAGAAGAUGGCAAUCGGGCUGCCCCCUUUUCUUCCGAAGAUGGUCCCCACCAAGGCCUCGAGCUCGCCUCAGCCUCCGGAGGUCCCGGCGACAUCGUCGCUCGCCGUCCACGGGGCCGUCCUCCUGGUUCAAAGAACAAGCCGAAACCACCCGUCAUCAUCACCAGAGAAAGCGCCAACACCCUCCGCGCUCAUAUUCUAGAAGUCGCCAGUGGCUCUGAUGUCUUUGACUCCGUCGCCACCUACGCACGUCGCCGACAGCGUGGGAUCUGUAUUCUGAGCGGCAGUGGCACCGUCACCAAUGUGACCUUGAGGCAGCCGGCUGCCGCAGGAGCCGUGGUCACCCUUCACGGAAGGUUCGAGAUAUUGUCACUGUCGGGGUCGUUCCUGCCACCGCCGGCCCCGCCAGGUGCGACGAGCCUGACUGUGUACUUGGCGGGAGGGCAAGGGCAAGUUGUGGGAGGAUGCGUGGUGGGAGAGUUGAUGGCAGCAGGACCGGUCAUGGUGAUCGCGUCUUCGUUUACGAACGUGGCGUAUGAGAGGUUGCCGCUGGAUGAGCAGGAGGAGCAACUCCAGAUGCAACCACCUGCGGCUGCUUCUCAAGGAUCGGCGGCGGCGGCGACUUUCUCGGACCCAUCCUCCGGUCUACCCUUCUUCAAUUUGCCCCUUAAUAUGCAGGUUCCCGUGGAAGGCUGGGCCGGCAACGCAGCCCCUCGUCCUCCAUUUUGACCUCCAAUUCAUCCACGGGUCAAACCUCAAUUCACCUCAACACAGUUCUCUCAUCUUAUACGUACCUCAAAUUGGUCUCCUUGAAGCAAUGGCCAACUGCAUUGGAUGCGUAUAUAUACCUUUAUAUAGCUCAAGAGGUCAGAAAAUUCAUGGGCUAUGAUUUAGAUAUGACCUUAGCUUUCUCCGUGUUUCUUCUUCUUCCUCCUCCUCCUUCUCCCUAUCUUCCUCUCGUCUUUAUUUUCCACUUUAUAUGUGCUUGUGCUGUUGAUGUAGUUCACUUGUCCGUCGGGUGCGUUUGAGUUACAUUGUACACUUGUACUUCUACUUAAUUAGUGUCUCUCCUCAUUGGUUUUUUUUUUGGGUUUAUCAUCCUGUAACUCUGCUAUUACUCAUGUUUAAUUUGCUAAUGGGUUUCUUCUUCU